CGGAAUUUGUGUGCAACUUUAAUUAAAAUCCUGAUUGCGGUCGCGGGUGGUCGUCAUGCUGUUCUCCGCCGUAGCCUGCCUGCUCUUAGGCACUGCCCUUGGAUAUGUUGAUAAAGAUUCUCCACCGCAAUGGAGUCCGGUCUACACGGUCCGCGGCGACCUGUACAUUCCCUACGCUGAGCUGCAGGAGCCGUUUUACGCCUGGUAUGACAACAAGAAUGGAAAGUCCCGCAUCGAUUACUACGGUGGAAUGGUGAAGACAUACCAGCUCACCAGCACGGUCUACCCGCAGUAUGGCACCUCUCUUAAGCUGGCGCCGGUGACGACGGAGCAGGUCCUCAACAAGCAGACGUGUCUCCAGGUGAAUGGCAGCGCAGACCAGAGCAUCAACGUGCAGACUGUCUUGCCCGACAUGGCGGACUUCAAAUACAUCGGUAACGAAGCUAUGCGUGACUCGGACACUUCAAAAUGGCGCAUGGUCACCACAGUCGGUGACAAGGUUAACAAGUACACCAUGUGGGUGAAGUACCGCAAGACACUCAGAGGGGACUCCAUACCCAUACCCGUCAAAUACGAGAUGAAGGGGUACAACUCCCUGCUGGGGUCCCACUACGACCACUACUACAUCGACUACAGCGACUACGACGUCGACGACAUCGACCCCAACGUCUUCAAGGUCGACGCCAGCAUGCAGUGCUCGUCGUUCCCUGGCCCCGGCAACAAGCACUUGGCCACGUUCAACCCUAUGCGGGAGUUCGUGCACCCUAUCAAUGAUGACCACGUACACGAUGAGUUUGACAGGUUCAAGGUGAAGCAUACCAAGCAAUACGCGUCGGAAGUAGAACAGCUUAAGCGCUUGAACAUCUUCCGGCAAAAUUUAAGAUACAUCAAGUCACAUAACCGCCAGUUCCGUAGUUUCUGGCUGUCCGUGAACCACUUGGCCGACCGGACUGAUAGUGAGCUGGCCGCGCUGAGAGGCCGCGUGCACAGUGGACCCAGCCCGCUAGGUCUGCCGUUCCCAUACAGUGACAAUGACAUACAAGAGAUGAGCGUGAAGCUGCCGCCAGAGUUCGACUGGAGGCUCAUCGGCGCCGUGACACCCGUGAAAGACCAGUCUGUGUGCGGCUCGUGCUGGUCGUUCGGCACGGUGGGCGCCGUGGAGGGCGCGCUGUUCCUGCACAACGGGGGGCACCUCGUGCGGCUGUCGCAGCAGGCGCUGGUCGACUGCUCCUGGGGUUUUGGCAACAACGGGUGUGACGGCGGCGAAGACUUCCGCGCCUACCAGUGGAUCAUGAAGCACGGUCUGCCCACUGAGGACGACUACGGCGGCUACCUCGGACAGGACGGAUACUGCCACAUUGACAACGUUACGCUGGUCACAUCCAUGAAGGGGUGGGUCAACGUCACCACCAACAACGAGAAGGCGCUCAUGUUGGCGUUGUUCAAGCACGGCCCUAUCUCUGUAGCCAUCGACGCGUCACAUAAGACCUUCAGCUUCUAUUCCCACGGCGUCUACUAUGACCCUAAGUGUAAAAACGACAUCGACGGCCUCGACCACGCAGUCUUGGCCGUUGGCUACGGCGUGCUGAAUGGGCAGCACUACUGGCUGAUCAAGAACUCUUGGUCCAACAUGUGGGGCAAUCAGGGAUACGUCCUCAUGGCGUCCAAGGACAACAACUGCGGGGUCAUGACCGCCCCUACUUAUGUUCUUAUUUAGUUCCUAUAUACAUGGAAUAUAUAGUAAGCACUAGUGUUGCCGAUUAAUCGAUUCGAUAUUUAGAUUAUUUAGGGCUUAGAAAAUAAUCGAUUAUUAAUCGACAUGCAGUCGAUUAUCUGGCAACACUAUAGUGGACACAUGUACACAUGUAGUGUGUGUAGUUACAUUCCUUUGUAAAUGGUAAUUUAAUAUACAAAAGUAAUGCAUUGGGGCCUUAAAAACGUCACUUAUAAGCCGUUCAACUGGUAACACUGCAGUUUGACAUUUGCGCUUAUAAAAAGUAAGUGCGCAGAGUCAAGAAAUAUCAAAUAGCAAUAUUGCUUUUUUUAGAUGAAUUGCAUUGAUGUGGCCUUUUUAACCCCCCAAGUUACGAUCUAAGUUUCAUUCCAUUUAUUUGCUAAAGUGCCUUCUUAAAAUGCAAUGCGAGUAUUAUACACUGAAGAUAACUCGGUUUCAAUGUUUAUAUUAACUUUUAGAAAUACGUUACCUUUCUACGAAUGCAUUUAAUGACAUUACUAACAAUAUUAAAUGUAAAAUACCCAUAUCACCAUACUUAGAUCUAAGAUUAUAUUAAACCUUAAAAAAGUGUUACUUUUUAAACUACUUGUUUUUAUAUAAAAUUUAAAAGUUUGUUAAAAAUCUUAUAUUAUUAUAAAUGAUUUGUCUAUUUAUACCAAUUCCCAGUAAGAAAUAAACAAAUAAAUAAAUAAACAUAAGUUUAAAAAAUAAUAAUUCAAAUAUACAAUUUAGGAUUUUUAAGUCUAAAUUGGCAACAUUAGCUUCUUAUGAUUGGUUGAUAGUGUAAAUGUUGCAAUAUAGAUAGAGUUUAAAACUUAUAUUUUACGUUUUUCGGUUUCAAUGCAAUUCGAGGAAAAGAAUUUGGCAUGAAAUUAAUUUAAUUAAACUUACAUUAAAUCUCAAAUUUUGUUAUUGCUAUAGUUGUAAGUUAAGGCAAUCUCAUAGUUAACUGAAAUUAUGAAUUUAGGCUGUGUAUGUACAUUCCUUUGUUCUCCAAUGUAAUUAAGGGAUUAUACUUUUUUUAAAUUA